AAUCAUUUUCCCACUUCUCCCAAUUCUCUCUCCCGAAACCCUAGAAUUUCACCCUCCAGUUAUCAGAUAAUCAAAAGAACCCCAAAUUUCCCCAAUAGAAUCCUUCGCUUUCCCGAGAAAAUUCUUUUUCAAUAUUAAUUAAAAGGAAAUUAUAAUUUUAUCAGAGGGCAUAUGGGGAAGGUUCUAUUGGAAACAUCGAAGCCAUCCUCCUUUUCGGCCACCUCCGUCAGCGCGACAACGACUUCAACGUCGGUGACAGAGACGGUGAACGGGUCUCACCAGUUCAAGAUCACGGGAUAUUCGUUGUCUAAAGGUUUGGGGAGCGGAAAGUACAUAGCUUCCGACACGUUCAUGGUGGGUGGAUUUUUGUGGGCUAUCUAUUUUUAUCCCGAUGGAAAAAGUCCCGAAGAUAACGCCACUUACGUUUCGUUGUUCAUUGCUUUGGCAAGCGAGGGGACCGACGUAAGGGCGCUUUUUGAGCUCACACUUUUGGACCAAAGCGGGAAAGAACAACAUAAGGUGCAUAGCCAUUUCGGGAGGACGCUUGAGACUGGGCCUUAUACGCUUAAGUAUCGCGGCAGCAUGUGGGGAUAUAAACGAUUUUUCAAAAGAACUUUACUGGAACAAUCAGACUACCUCAAAGACGAUUGCCUCUCUGUUCACUGUAGUGUUGGUGUUGUUAAGUCACAUACAGAGGGUCCUAAGAUCUUCUCCAUAGCUGUUCCGCCUUCAAACAUCAGUCAACAUUUUGGGAGACUACUAGAAAGUGGAAAGGGAACUGAUGUAAGCUUUGAAGUUGAUGGGGAAGUCUUUCCUGCCCACAAAUUGGUACUUGCUGCUCGUUCUCCUGUGUUUAGGGCACAACUUUUUGGACCAAUGAAGGAUCAGAAUACAAAGCAAAUAAAAAUUGAAGAUAUAGAAGCUCCAGUUUUCAAGGCAAUACUUCACUUUAUAUACUGGGAUUCUCUACCUGAUAUGCAAGAGCUCACUGGUCUCAACUCAAAGUGGGCCUCCGCAUUGAUGUCUCAGCACCUGCUUGCCGCUGCAGAUAGGUAUGGGCUAGAUAGGCUGCGAUUACUCUGCGAGGCCAAUCUUUGUGAGGAUGUUACCAUCAACACUGUGGCUACUACAUUAGCAUUGGCUGAGCAGCAUCAUUGUUUCCUGCUGAAAGCUGUGUGUCUCAAGUUUGUUGCAAUGCCGGAAAAUCUUAGAGCUGUAAUGCAAACAGAUGGUUUCGAGUACCUGAAGGAAAGUUGCCCGUCUGUCUUGACUGAGCUAUUGGAGCAUGUGGCUAGAGUGAACGAGCACUCCAUGAUCAUAUGCAGACAUGGGAAUGAAGUCAAUCCGGAUGGGAGUGACGCCAAUGGUAGACGGGUGAAGCAACGAAUAUAGUAAGCCACCGCUAGCUAAUAUUGUUCCCCUUGUCUCCGUAUUUCAGAACCCCCCAAAAGGAAAGAUUAAUUCUCUAGGAUUAGGAAAAAUUUUCCAGUGUUAUGAGAGUUUCUGUGCAUCUAUGAGAUGUAAAUGUAGUUUUUCGUUUGAUGUCCAUUGUUUUAUUUGCUUUGUAUUUCCAGAUAUAUAUAUAUAUAUAUAUAUGUAUGUAUGUAUGUAUAUGCAUAUAUAUCUUUGGACAUUUGUAGUACUUGGUGGUAUUACUUUGAUCAGUGUCUGUGCUUUACAAGGAUUGACGUCCUAAAAGAACAUUUGGAGGAGUCUGCAAGUGCUUACCGGUUUUACAUGUACAUUUCAUUGUUUUUAAUCCAUGGUUC